AGUGGUAAGGCGGCGUUAGCGGUGGCUGAGGCUGCGGUGGUGGCAGAGGCGAAGGCGACAGCUCCAAGGGGUGGCAGCGGCCCCGAGAGCAGGAUGCGAGUCGGGGUCGGGCUGACGCUGCUGCUCUGUGCGGCGCUGCUGGGCUUGGCCUCGGCGUCCUCGGAUGAGGAAGGCAGCCAGGAUGAAUCUUUAGACUCCAAGACUUCUUUGCCAUCAGAUGAGUCGGUAAAGGACCACAGCCCAGCAGGCAGAGUAGUCGCUGGUCAGAUAUUUCUUGAUUCAGAAGAAUCGGAAUUGGAAACCCCUAUUCAAGAAGAGGAAGACCGCCUCAAGGGGCAAGAGGAGGAAAGUGUCACAGAAGAAAUGAGUUUUCUAGAAUCUCCAAAUCCAGAAAACAUGGACUAUGAAGAAACAAAGAAAGUACGGAAACCAGUUUUGACUGCCAUUGAGGGCACAUCACAUGGGGAGCCCUGCCACUUCCCCUUUCUCUUUCUGGACAAGGAGUAUGAUGAAUGUACAUCAGAUGGACGGGAAGAUGGCAGACUGUGGUGUGCCACAACCUAUGAUUACAAGGCAGAUGAAAAGUGGGGCUUUUGUGAAACUGAAGAAGAAGCUGCUAAAAGAAGGCAGACGCAGGAAGCAGAAAUGAUGUACCAGACUGGGAUGAGAAUCCUCAAUGGGAGCAGUAAGAAGAGCCAGAAAAGAGAAGCAUAUCGGUAUCUUCAAAAGGCAGCAAGUAUGAACCAUACCAAGGCCCUGGAGAGAGUGUCAUAUGCUCUUUUGUUUGGUGAUUACCUGACACAGAAUAUCCAGGCAGCUAAAGAGAUGUUUGAGAAACUGAAUGAGGAAGGAUCGCCCAAGGGACAGACGGCCCUUGGCUUUCUCUAUGCAUCUGGCCUUGGUGUUAAUUCAAGUCAAGCAAAGGCCCUUGUAUACUAUACUUUUGGAGCUCUUGGUGGCAACCUGAUAGCCCACAUGGUUUUGGGUUACCGGUACUGGGCCGGGAUCGGAGUCCUCCAGAGUUGUGAAUCUGCAUUGACUCAUUACCGCCUUGUGGCCAAUCAUGUUGCUAGUGACAUCUCACUGACAGGAGGCUCAGUAGUACAGAGAAUACGGCUGCCUGACGAGGUGGAGAAUCCAGGAAUGAACAGCGGAAUGUUAGAAGAAGACUUGAUUCAGUAUUACCAGUUCCUAGCUGAAAAAGGUGAUGUGCAAGCACAGGUUGGUCUGGGACAAUUGCAUCUGCAUGGGGGACGUGGAGUAGAACAAAACCAUCAGAGAGCAUUUGACUACUUCAAUUUAGCAGCAAAUGCUGGCAAUUCACAUGCUAUGGCCUUCUUGGGAAAGAUGUAUUCAGAGGGAAGUGAUAUUGUACCUCAGAGUAAUGAGACGGCCCUUCACUACUUUAAGAAAGCUGCUGACAUGGGCAACCCAGUUGGACAGAGUGGGCUUGGAAUGGCGUAUCUCUAUGGAAGAGGAGUUCAAGUUAAUUAUGAUCUGGCACUGAAGUAUUUCCAGAAGGCUGCUGAACAAGGCUGGGUAGAUGGGCAGCUACAGCUUGGCUCUAUGUACUACAAUGGAAUUGGAGUCAAGAGAGAUUAUAAACAGGCCUUGAAAUACUUUAAUUUAGCCUCUCAGGGAGGCCAUAUCCUGGCUUUCUAUAACCUAGCCCAGAUGCACGCCAGCGGCACAGGCGUGAUGCGGUCAUGUCACACUGCAGUGGAGUUGUUCAAGAAUGUUUGUGAACGAGGUCGUUGGUCUGAGAGGCUGAUGGCUGCCUAUAACAGCUAUAAAGAUGGCGACUACAAUGCCGCAGUGAUCCAGUACCUCCUGUUGGCCGAGCAGGGCUACGAAGUGGCACAGAGCAACGCAGCCUUCAUUCUUGAUCAAAGAGAGGCAACUAUUGUAGGUGAGAAUGAAACUUACCCCAGAGCUUUGCUGCAUUGGAACAGGGCCGCCUCUCAAGGCUAUACUGUGGCUAGAAUUAAGCUUGGCGACUACCAUUUCUAUGGAUUCGGCACUGAUGUUGACUAUGAGACUGCAUUUAUUCACUAUCGUCUGGCAUCUGAGCAACAGCACAGUGCACAAGCUAUGUUUAAUCUGGGAUAUAUGCAUGAGAAAGGACUGGGCAUUAAACAGGAUAUUCACCUUGCAAAACGUUUUUAUGACAUGGCAGCUGAAGCCAGCCCAGAUGCCCAAGUACCAGUCUUCUUAGCACUGUGCAAGCUGGGCAUUGUCUAUUUCCUGCAGUACGUAAAGGAAACGAACAUCCGAGAUAUGUUCACUCAACUUGAUAUGGACCAGCUCUUGGGACCCGAGUGGGACCUUUACCUCAUGACCAUCAUCGCGUUACUAUUGGGAACAGUUAUAGCUUACAGGCAGAGGCAGCAUCAGGACAUGCCUGUGCCCAGGCCUCCGGGGCCCCGGCCAGCUCCCCCUCAGCAGGAGGGGCCGCCAGAGCAGCAGCCACCACAGUAACAGCCACCGUGUCCAGCCUUGAACAGUGACAACCCAGGACAUUGUUUGCUGAGAACACUUGCAUUUGAUUUAGGAUUUUGGAUCAAUGUCCACCUCCUGGAAGAGGCACAAGGAAGCAUUUAAUUCCUAAAGCUGCUUAGAAUCUGCUGCCUUUUAUUUUCAGGGAUAAGUAACUCUUACUUGUGCUGAGUUGAAUGUUUGUUUCAGUGCCAUAUGGAAUAACAACCUUCAUUGGCUUCCCCUCCAUGCCCCCCCCCCUUUUUUUUUUCCUUCCCUGAAAUCGUAUGUGAGACACUCAAAGUAAUUUCUGCUGUAUCAAGCUGUCUGUCUUGGGUCCUUUUGUUCAUUUUCUCAGUGUGCAUAACUUCUUUUAUCAACCAUCUUUAAGGUCUUAGGCAUCAACACUAAAAACUGGCCAGUGUAAAGCAGAAACCCCAGUUAGCUGUAAGUUUAACCUUAACAUGUUUGAAAGUCUGAAAAUGUAACUUGCCUUUUAAGUUAAAGAAAGAAAGAUGUCUUCAGUGGUUUGAAAUGCCAUAACUAAGAAGCUGUUUUACCUGUCCACAUGCAAGUAUACAUAUUCAGCAUGUUUGUUAUUUUAAAAGGGCCAGUUGAGAGGUUUCUGGUGAUGUCACACUUCAUACCAUAGUUCUCUCCUUCAAACAUUAGAAGAUGUUGUUAGAGAAUCCUAUGUUUUCAGUCUUUGGAAUGGAAUAUACAUAAAACAUUGUGAACUGAGUCCUUGAGCUAACAUGAACUUGCCCCACCUACUCAGUGGUAUUUGCUUGUUUGGUCUGAGUAUACAGAGACUUGAUCUGGAAGCCAGAGGAUAGACUAAAUAGGAGAAAUAAGGGGAAAAAAAAAAAAAAAAGAAUCUAAUUCUGUACUCUGAAUGGGGUACCAAGGUCAUAGGCAGACUUUCCCAAAAGUUGAAGCAUUUGUUCCCAGGAUUUAUUUUAUUUUGCAUUUCUUAUAGCACAAA